CUUCAUCCAGCCGCGCGCGGUACACAACAAUAUCUCCAUCCAUAGCUUUCCUUCCCCAAUCAAAAAUGGGCACCAUCAUUUGGCCUAAUCACCACUUGAUCAUCAUCACGUGCAUUAUUGUGGCCGCCGCUCUACUAGUCACCGAUGUCGCCGGAGAUGGUCAUCAACACCGUGAUGAGUACAAACCUCCCGCUCCUUACUCGCACGAAUCAUGGCCGCCGCCUCCUCCACAUGCUUAUUAUAAGUCUCCCCCGCCGCCGUCACCGCCUCCACCCUCCGAUCCUUGGUCGUCACCACCACCUCCUCCUCCUUCAUGGUCACCACCACCACCACCUCCUCCUCCUCCUCCUUCAUGGUCACCACCACCUCCUCCUCCUCCACCUCCACCACCACCUCCACCUCCACCUCCACCACCACCACCACCUCCUCCUUCUCCUUCAUGGUCACCACCUCCACCUUCAUGGUUUCCAACUCCUCCUCCUUCAUGGUCAUCAUCUCACGACGUCGAUGACAACCACUCUCCUUCUGAUCAUGCAUCUAGCCAUGAUCAUGAAAAAUCUUCACUGACUCUUCUUACCCACAACAAGUACUACAAACACAAAUCUCCUCCACCACCACCACCACCACCGCCUCACGUCAAGAAGGAUCCUCAUCGCAAAUCUCCUCCGCCACCUUAUCACAAACACAAAUCACCAUGGAUGCAUCGCUCCCCGCCUCCUCCUUACCAUCAUUAAAGACCGAAAGCGAUCGAUCUCCAGAUCAAAUAUAAUCUAAACUCACUUAGGAAGGUUGUAUGUUGCAAGUUUAUGCAUGAUUGAUGAUGUGGAAGAUCAUGAAGAAUUCUGCCAUAGAGUGAAGAAUAAUCAAUGUAUUGGUACCAAUAGUUUUCUUUUUGGGGUUUCUUGUUUUUUUUUUUUUUUGGUUGAACUCUUCGAUAUAGAGUUAGAUCGUCAUCUAGUGAUGGUCUUUAUCGUGAUUCAAAUGUUGUACCCCAUUUCCCUAUGAGUUGAAUUUUCAUUUGCUUAAUACAAGUACCAAUCGUAA